GCUAACUCCUGGUUGAAAUACCAAGUUGUGAAAGAUCGCAUUUUUUUUACAAGACAGUAGUAAAUCGUUUUCAGACACACGUAUUGUGCAAAGAGUGAGCUCACCCCGCUCUUUAAAACUGCGUUUUCAAUGUGACCGAUCACUUUAUUGUUUUUAUUACAGUCAUAUAGUGGUGUUCGGGUGUUAUGGAAGCAGCAGGAGUACAGGAGAGGUUGUCCAGUCAAUGAACUUUCGGCCGCAGGAGUGUGGAAAAGAUAGAGACCUUAUGCUACGCCUGCUCUUACAAUGUCAGAGACCGAAGACUGUCAAAGGCGCUUUCAGGCGGCUGUCGACGUCAUUCAAAGCCUACCCAAAAAUGGUUCCUACAGACCCUCUUAUGAAGUGAUGCUGCGCUUUUAUGGUCUAUAUAAACAGGCAGUCUGUGGCCCAUGUACAGUGUCCCGUCCUGGCUUCUGGGACCCUGUAGGCCGUUACAAAUGGGAUGCUUGGGAUCAGCUGGGAGCCAUGAGCCGAGAGAGCGCAAUGGCUGCUUACGUGGAUGAAAUGAAGAAUGUUGCACAAGAGGUAAUAGACACUAUGCCAAUAAAUGAGAAGACUGCACCCUUUAUCCACUAUUUUGAACCUCUCUAUCAUGUAAUUCAUGAUAUGCCCAGACCUCCAGAGGCACUUAUAAUGCUAAGAUCAGAGCUAGCUUUGGCUGAGGGUCAGGGGCCGACUAGUGACUCAGAGAGUGAAAUCUUCUGUGACUCACUGGAACAACUGGACAGUGUUAAGCUUGUUGCAAUACCAGAUAGUUUCCAAAUUGGGCAUGCAUGCUCUGAAACCCCUGGAGUCCAGGAGCAUCACUACACCCCGGUCUCUCAGGUGACUAAGAUGGGCAUUGGACAUGGUGGCGAGGGGGCAAAGGAAAGACGUGGUACCACCUUGAGGAGGAACGCAGGAAGAGAGGGUCAACAGCAAAGCUGGAAAGAAACCUCAGGUUAUAUGGCACACCACUAUGAGAGAUGGAUGGAGCCGUCUGCCUUGGGUGCUGGUUAUGGGGGAGGGGGUGGAGACAAUUCUGAGGGAGGGCCUGAAAGGCUACAGGAUGCCCAGGUGCAACAGCAGAUAAUUUUAGCCUUACGACAACUAAGAGAAGACAUGCAAAGUGUUAUGGAAAGACUAAAGGUGGUUGAGGGUCUUGCCAUCGCAAAUGCCCAGAACUCACAAUGGAGAUCCUAUGUACAACUGACAUCCCCAGAGACUAAGGAGAAAUGGUGGCCAUUCGACAUUUCUGGGCACACAUUGCUGCUUUUUUUGGUGUGGCCUUUUGUGACUCAGGGCUUGGUGUUCGUACUGAAGCGGAGGAAGAGAAAGCUUCACGUGUGCAUAUGAAUUCACCGUGCCAAAUGGAAAUGAAAGGAAAAUUCAUGUUAUAGAAUGAUCAAUAAUACAUUCGGCUUUCAGUGCUUCAAAUAAAGCACUCGAUAAGUAGCCUCAAGUGAAGAGAGGAAAUAUUAUAACCUCAAUUCUUAAAUGGAUCUUACCAUUUAAUAUUAAUAUGUGCAAUUUUCAGAGAAAUUCUGAGUUUAAUUUAAUGUUUUUAAUGUAAUUUGUUCUGUGUAAUUAUGUUCAUAUGUAGCUGUGUGCAGAGGCAGAUGCUGACUGUACACAAUGUAUGAAACCUAUAUUCUUAUUUUUUAAAAAACAAGCACCAUUCAUUAGUACUCCUUGCUGAAGUCUGAAGUAUUAACCAUGUAAAUGCCAUCUGCACCAAAAGGAUUGAUAAAAAUCUUGCUGAUAAUAUGCCACAGGAUGCAAUGCAUUGUGUAAAAUGUUUGCAAUCAAAAAGCCUUUAAAAACAACAGGGGCCUUCACUUGAGUAAUAUGUAUGCAGAAAGCUAAAGAAAUUAGGAAAAAAAAAAGAACCACAAACUAUUUUUGACUGUACACAAGGUGUGUUGUCCUGUAAUGAGAGGAUACUAAUAAAUGCACAAAACAGUUCCCCUGUACAUGCAAUAAUGGUCAUCCACUUCAUGUUAAAAAGAUUAAACAUGAGAUUAGUAAGCAUUUACAGACAGAUGGAAUUAGCUAUUGCUGGGUUGUUUUACUUUGUGUAGCUGCAACUAAAAGUGGGUUUGAAUGGAUACUGGAUUCAUUUUGUAAUGUCAAGGGGAGUAAAAUCAAAAUAAAUCCAUUACUUGA